GCUCUGAUGGCUGCUACGUCUUAUCUUGAACUCCAACUCAGGCUCAAAGAGUCGGGGCUGGAGCUGGUAGCGGAGAAGGUGAACCUCGUGGACGCGGUGUGGUCGCCGCAGGAGCGGCCGCCGCGAGUGAAGGACGACCUCUUUGUCCACGAGCUCUCCUUCGCCGGAGUGGAGUGGACGCACAAGGUGGCGCAGGUGCGGGAGGAGAUGAAGAAGCAGGAUGUGGACCUGCUGGUGGUGACGGCGCUCGACGAGGUCGCGUGGCUCCUCAACCUCCGCGGCAACGACAUCCCCUACAACACAGUGUUCAGGAGCUACCUGCUGGUGGACCACAAGGACGUGACGUUGUUCAUCGACAACGAAAGGAUUCCUCCCGUGGUGGACUUCCACCUCCACAUCGGCCAGUGCUUCGACAACGUCUGCUUCCACGUGACCGAGUACGACAACUUGGUCCCGCGCCUUCAGGCUGCCGCUGCAUCUUCUGACGUAAAACGAGUCCUUCUGCCUAAGAAAUACGCAUACACUGGGGGCGUUUCAUAUGCUAUUUACAGCGCUGUGCCUGCGGACAAGCGGGUGUCUGCGGUGUCGCCGGUGGUGGCGCUGAAGGCGCGCAAGAACGACGUGGAGGCCAAGGGCAUGAAGGCCGCACACCUCAGGGACGCCGUCGCCCUCGUCGACUUCCUUGCCUUCCUGGAGAAGGAGGUGGAGAGUGGUCGUGAGUGGGAUGAGCUGAGUGCUGCUCAGCGCCUGGACGAGUACCGCGCUGAGCAGGAACAUUUCUUGCGUCCAUCUUUCUUCUCGGUAUCAGCGUACGGCACCAACGGUGCCAUCAUCCACUACCGCCCCACCAACGCCACCACGCGCGCCAUCACCAAGGACGCUCCUUACCUCCUCGACUCCGGGGGACAGUACUUCGACGGCACGACUGACGUGACCCGGACGCUGCACUUCGGCGCCCCCACGGAGCUGCAGAAGGAGGCGUACACGAGGGUGCUCAUGGGGGCCGUGGACCUCACGCUCCUCGUCUUCCCCAAGGGCACCAGCGAUGUCAACGUCGACGUCAUCACCCGCAGGUAUUUAUACCAAGCCGGGCUGGACUACAAACACGGCACAGGCCACGGCAUUGGAAUGUUCCUCAACAUACACGAGUGUAAGAUGAAUAUUAAGAUUUGGUAUGUUACAUGA